AUGCAUUCUCAUAUUGUGCUGGUUUUAGUCUACGUUUAUGACAUUGUUCUCAAAGGGGAUAGCAUUGACAUGAUCAACUCCACCAAACAGCUAUUGCAUUCUCAUUUUAAACUCAAGGAUUUGGGUGUUCUAAAAUAUUUCUUGGGUUUAGAGGUAGCUAGAUCUUCCAGGGGUAUUCACUUAUGUCAAAGAAAGUAUGCUUUGGAGUUUAUAUCUGAAUCAAGUCUCUCUGCAUCCAAGCCUUCUGCAGUUCCUAUGGAUUCUACUUUAAAACUUACAUCAGUUACUUAUGAUGACCUUUUCCUUGCUGGUCCUAAUCCCCCUCUUUCUGAUCCGAGAGUUUAUCAAAGGCUGGUGGCACUUAAAGUUGUGAAAUAUCUUAAGUCUACUCCCAGUUUAGGUCUAUUUUUUCCAGCUAACAAUCUUAUGAAUUUGUCAGCAUUUUGUGACUCUGAUUGGGGAUCCUGUCUCAUGACAAGAAAGUUAGUUAUAAGGUACUGCAAUUUUCUUGGCAAGUCUUUAAUUUCAUGGAAAUCUAAAAGGCAGGCCACUAUCUCUAAAUCUUCAUCAGAGGCAGAGUAUAGAGCUAUGGUCUCCACUGUAUGUGAGCUGCUUUGGUUGAUUCAACUAUUUCAGGAACUUGGGUUUACUGAUUUGCUUCCUAUACCUCUUCACUGUGACAACCAGGUUGCUAAUCACAUUGCAUCAAAUCCCAUCUUCCAUGAGAGGACUAAAAACAUCGACAUUGAUUGCCACAUUGUGAGAGAACAGCUCAAACUGGAGUCAUUACCACUGCCUAUAUUCCGUCAUCUGAACAGCCUGCAGACUUGCUGA